CUAGAACAUAGAUACAGAGACACUUGUCAUCAGGAAGGUGAUCUCUCAGCACAACGGAAAAUAUCUCAAUGACUUGACAUGUUCUGCUUGUGAAUUCAGGCUACAAGGGGUCAGUGCUCUAAAAUGAGUCUCUCUGGGGAGAGAGAGGAGGAGGGCCCUGCCUCUAAAAUGAGUCUCACUGGGGAGAGAGAGGAGGGGGGCCCUGCCUCUAAAAUGAGUCUCUCUGGGGAGAGAGGGGAGGGGGGCCCUGCCUCUAAAAUGAGUCUCUCUGGGGAGAGAGGGGAGGGGGGCCCUGCCUCUAAAAUGAGUCUCUCUGGGGAGAGAGAGGAGGGGGCCCCUGCCUCUAAAAUGAGUCUCUCUGGGGAGAGAGGGGAGGGGGGCCCUGCCUCUAAAAUGAGUCUCUCUGGGGAGAGAGGGGAGGGGGGCCCUGCCUCUAAAAUGAGUCUCUCUGGGGAGAGAGAGGAGGGGGCCCCUGCCUCUAAAAUGCAUCUCUCUGGGGGACAUGACACCAAAGCUAAGAGUCCAAUCCAGCAGGAGAGACCAGCCUCCCCUGUUCCCAGCUGUGUGUCCAUAAAGAGUGACAAGUCUAUGGAUCCUCCUCUAUACUUUAGAGAGGGAGACUUUUCUACUGAACAAAGUCCAAUCCAGCAGGAGAGACCAGCCUCCCCUGUUCCCAGCUGUGUGUCCAUAAAGAGUGACAAGUCUAUGGAUCCUCCUCUAUACUUUAGAGAGGGAGACUUUUCUACUGAACAAAGAUACCAACAGGAGAGAUCAGAGUCAGAGAUUCUCAGUGGUCAGUCUUCCCGGAGUCAUCAAACCGACCUGGGCUCCAUAUUCAGUUUGCUUGAAGAGAACAUUGUGACAUUUGUGAAGAACGAGCUGAAGAGGUUCAAGAGGAUUCUUAGUCCAGAACUCCCAGAAGGCUUUGAGAGUCAGAAGCAGGAUAAGGAAGUGGUGGAUGCUGAAGAUGAGCAGCAGGAGAGCAGUGCCAGAGAGGGGGCUCUGAAGAUCACACUGCACAUCCUGAGGAAAAUGAACCAGAAGGAGCUUGCUGACACACUGGAGAAAUAUUCAGAUGAUCUUGCUGUGAUUUGCCAACGUGAACUCAAAUCUAAUCUCAAGAAGAAGUUUCAAUGUGUAUUUGAGGGGAUCGCUAAACAAGGAAACCCAACACUUCUCAAUAAGAUCUACACAGAGCUCUACAUCACAGAGGGUGGAACAGGAGAGGUCAAUAAUGAACAUGAGCUGAGACAGAUUGAGACAACAACCAGGAAACAAGCAAGACCAGAGACUCCAAUCAAAUGUAACGACAUCUUCAAACCCUUAACUGGACAAGACAAACCUAUCAGAACUGUGCUGACAAAGGGAGUCGCUGGCAUUGGAAAAACAGUCUCUGUGCAGAAGUUCAUUCUGGACUGGGCUGAAGGAAAAGCUAAUCAGGAUGUCCAAUUUGUAUUUUCAUUCCCUUUUCGGGAGCUGAAUUUGAUGAAAGAGGACAAACACACUUUCAUUGAACUUCUUCAUCACUUCUCAAUGGAAACCAAACAAUCAAGAAUCUCCAUCAACAACAAGUACAAAGUUCUGUUCAUCUUUGAUGGUCUGGAUGAGUGCCGACUGCCCCUAGACUUCCAGAAGAACAAGAUCUGUUGGGACGUCACAGAGUCAACCUCAGUGGAUGUUCUGCUGACAAAUCUCAUCAAAGGAAAUCUGCUUCCCUCUGCUCUCCUCUGGAUAACUACCCGACCUGCAGCAGCCAAUAAGAUCCCUUCAGGGUGUGUUGACCAGGUGACAGAGGUACGAGGGUUCAAUGACCCACAGAAGGAGGAGUACUUCAGGAAGAGAUUCAGCGAUGAGGACCUGGCCAGCAGAAUCAUCUCACACAUAAAGACAUCAAGGAGCCUCCACAUCAUGUGCCACAUUCCAGUCUUCUGUUGGAUUUCUGCAACAGUCCUUGAACACAUGUUGAGUACAGACAAGAGAGAAGAGAUGCCCAAGACUCUGACUGAGAUGUACACACACCUUGUGGAGUUUCAUACCAAACAGAAGAAUGAAAAGUAUCUUGGGAAAGAAGAGACAGGUCCACACUGGAAUAAAGAGAGCAUUCUGUCACUGGGAAAACUGGCUUUUCAACAGCUUGUGAAGGGCAAUCUGAUUUUCUAUGAAGAAGACCUGAAGGAGGCUGGCAUUGAUGUCAAUGAAGCCUCAGUGUACUCAGGAUUGUGCACACAGCUCUUUAAAGAGGAAUGUGGGCUGUACCAGGACAAGGUGUACUGCUUUGUUCAUCUGAGCAUUCAGGAGUUUCUGGCUGCUGUAUAUGUGUUCCUCUCAUUCAUCAACAACAAUGAGAAUCUAAUGGACAAACUGAAAACAACGUCCAGGAACCUUUCUGUGAGGAUCAAACAAAGGCGUAAAGUUGCUUUCUACAGGAGUGCUGUGGAUAAAGCCUUACAAAGUGAGACGGGAAACCUGGACCUUUUUCUCCGCUUCCUUCUGGGCCUCUCACUGGAGUCCAAUCAGAAGCACUUACGAGGUCUACUGACAAAGACAAGAAGCAGCUCACAGAGCCAUGAAGAAACAGUCAAGUACAUCAAGGAGAAGAUCAGGGAGAAUCCCUCUCCAGAGAGGAGCAUCAAUCUGUUCCACUGUCUGAAUGAACUGGAUGACCAUUCUCUAGUGGAGGAGAUCCAAAGCUACCUGAGAUCAGGAAGUCUCUCAAAACCCAACCUGUCACCUGCACAGUGGUCAGCUCUGGUCUUUGUGUUGCUGACUUCAGAAAAGGAGCUGGAUGUGUUUGACCUGAAGAAAUACUCCAGAUCAGAGGAAGGUCUUCUGAGGCUGCUGCCAGUGGUCAAAGCCUCCAGAGCUGCUCUGCUGUCAGACUGUGGAGUCACAGAGGAAGGCUGUGCUUCUCUGGUCUCAGCUCUGAGGUCAAACCCCUCACACCUGAGAGAGCUGGAUCUGAGUAACAAUGACCUGAAGGAUUCAGGAGUGAAGCUGCUCUCUGCUGGACUGGGGAAUCCCCACUGUAAACUGGAGACUCUGAGGCUGUCAGGCUGUCUAGUCACAGAGGAAGGCUGUGCUUCUCUGGUCUCAGCUCUGAGGUCAAACCCCUCACACCUGAGAGAGCUGGACCUGAGCUACAAUGACCUGAAGGAUUCAGGAGUGAAGCUGCUCUCUGCUGGACUGGGGAAUCCCCACUGUAAACUGGAGACUCUGAGGCUGUCAGGCUGUCUAGUUACAGAGGAAGACUGUGCUUCUCUGGUCUCAGCUCUGGAGUCAAACCCCUCACACCUGAGAGAGCUGGACCUGAGUAACAAUGACCUGAAGGAUUCAGGAGUGAAGCUGCUCUCUGCUGGACUGGGGAAUCCCCACUGUAAACUGGAGACUCUGAGGCUGUCAGGCUGUCUAGUCACAGAGGAAGGCUGUGCUUCUCUGGUCUCAGCUCUGAGGUCAAACCCCUCACACCUGAGAGAGCUGGACCUGAGCUACAAUCACCCAGGAGACUCAGGAGUCAGACUGCUCUCUGCUGGACUGGAGGAUCCACACUGCAGACUGGAGAAACUCAAUGUGGAACAUGGUGGAGAGAACAGAAUGAAACCUGGACUUAGAAAAUAUGUCUGUGAUCUCACACUGGACCCAAACACAGUAGACAGACUCCUCUCUCUGUCUGAGGAGAACAGAAAGGUGACAUGGAGGACAGAGGAGCAGCCGUAUCCUGAUCACCCAGACAGAUUUGAGGACAGGGAACAGGUGCUGUGUAGAGAGGGUCUGACUGGGCGCUGUUACUGGGAGGUAGAGUGGAGUGGGAGAGAGGCUGCUAUAGGAGUGACAUAUAAAGGAAUCAACAGGAGAGGAAGGGGUAUUGACUGUUGGCUUGGAGCCAAUGACAAGUCCUGGAGUCUGUUCUGCUCUGACAACAGUUACACUGCCUAUCACAAUUAUAAUCCCACUACCAUAGACGUCCCCUCCUCCAGCCACCACAGAGUAGGAGUGUAUCUGGACUGGCCAGCCGGCACUCUGUCCUUCUAUAGAGCCUCCUCUGACACACUGACCCACCUGAUCACAUUCACCUCCACAUUCACUGAGCCCCUCUAUCCAGGGAUUGGGGUUUAUUAUGACUCCUCAGUGUCCCUGUGUAAAAACUUUUUUUUUAAAUAAUGAAAUAAUAACACAAACACACUGGACACACACACACACACUGGACACACACACACACACUGGACACACACACACACACUGGACACACACACACACACACUGGACACACACACACACACACUGGACACACACACACACACUGGACACACACACACACACUGGACACACACACACACACUGGACACACACACACACACUGGACACACACACACACACACUGGACACACACACACACACACUGGACACACACACACACACACUGGACACACACACACACACUGGACACACACACACACACUGGACACACACACACACACUGGACACACACACACACACUGGACACACACACACACACACUGGACACACACACACACACACUGGACACACACACACACACUGGACACACACACACACACUGGACACACACACACACACUGGACACACUUAUGGAUACAGGUAUCCUGUGUUCUUUUCUCUCCUUCUCCCCUCACAGGUGAAAAUCAUCACUCCCCAAUCAGUCAACAAUCAAUCAUCAAUCAGAAGACACACCUCCUCCUAUUUCCUGACCUAUCACAGUUCCUUCCCCAUGGUUUAAAAACCCCAUCAUUUGUUUGCUCUAGAGCUCAAUCUCUCUGUAAAUGCCAUGUCUGUAGGUCUCUGUGUUUCACUCUCUGUGUAUUAACCUCUCUUUUGUUUGAGCACCUCCAUAGCAUUUUGUCCUCACCUGUGAGUAUUGUUUUGGUUAUGGUGUUUGUUUGAUUGCUGGUGGAAAAGGGGAAACCAAGACAAGUCGCCCAUGGGCAUACACUACCCGUAGGUGAACUUUGUUAAAUACACUAGUUAGAACUGGGCGGACCACCCACUGUAUUUUUGGUUAGUUAGUUAGCUGUUGUUAAAGUAGGCUAGUCUAGUUUAGGGGUGUUUUUGAAUACUUAUUGUUUCUUUCCUUGGGUCCAGCUCAACCCCUUUUCCUGCUCCCCCCAUUACCGUGUGUUUUACAAUAAACCUUGAGUUUGACGGUA